AUGUCGGCUCUCCGCUCGUGGUUUCGCGGCCCGUCCGCUCCGGCGAGUUCCAAACCCUCGUCGAAGGGCACGACGCCCGGCCCGAGCCCGACCGAUAGCACAUCGACACUCGCCGGCAAAGCGAAGCCCGCGAUCUCCCCCGCGGAGCAAGAGGCUCGCGACAUGGAAGAUGCGAUAACCGCCGCCGGCCUGAUCAUGAACGACGACAUCGACGGCGCGGAAGCGCUGCUGCGUUUGCGCGAGGACGCUUCCACCUUUCACCAACUGGGGCUGGGCGUUACCAGCUUCAUGAGGAGUAUCCUCGGGUUCGAGAAAGAAAUUAUGACCGAGGCGGCAAACCGGCUGAACGAGACGGAGAAUAGGGCAUGGAAUGACAUCAAGAAGGCACAGAAAGAGGCGGAGAAGGCGGGCAAUGCGUCUGCCGGUAGCACGGGGUACUGGUACUCCAAGCCAGCGGCAGUCGAGCCAAAUGCCGCGGGAAAUGGAGGCCGGAGCAAAAUAUACCCUCCAGGGUCCGAGUUUGCCCUUGUUAAUGCCGAGGCGCAGCUCAUGAACGCUGUGGUGGGCGUGAUGCACGAGAGCUUGACCGAGGCCAUCAAGGGCUUUUACAAGCUGCGCAAAGCGUAUGUUACGUUGGAUGGCAUCAUGGAAGCCGAGGCUCGUUACUUGACCUCCAUAGGGCAGGGUGAGGUGAAGAGGGCGGCUUCGACGAAAGCGGCUUCAGUGAAGAGAGCCAGCUUUUCGGAAGACCCCAUGCCCGGGACUUUUGACGAAUCGGAGUUCUCCUAUCUCGACGACGAGACACAAACGCCAGUAGUUAAGGAGAGCGGCAAUCAAUCACCCGUAGAAACGGCGAAGGGCAGGGCGCAGACUGCUGGUGAGCCGAUUGCGGUCAACCAAGAUACGACGGUCCUUGACGAGAAGUUGAGCCGGGUUGCGAUCAGCAAGGACUCUCAGCCCACCGAUCAGCCGCGUCCGGCUCCCAAAGAGCGCCCCGGAGACGGGACACAAACCCUCGGCAGCUUCACGCUAGAGCUGCUAAACACAUCCGGCCCCGACAAGGCUCUGUUCAACUCCACCGUUGAUGUUUUCGUUCACAGUGGCGCCAGCAUGUGCUUCGGCAUCCUCCUGCUUCUCCUUUCCAUGGUACCGCCGGCCUUCUCGCGCCUCUUAUACGUCAUUGGCUUCAAGGGCGACCGCGAUAGGGGCUUGAAGCUGCUCUGGCAGGCCACCAAGUUCCCCAACAUCAACGGGGCGAUGGCGGCCCUCGUACUCCUCAACUACUACAACACCUUCCUCGGCAUGGCCGACAUCCUCCCACCCGAGCACGGCCCCGACAGCCCCACGUCCCCGGGCUUUACCGACAACAACAGCAACAAAAACGAGGUCGAAACCGUCGGCUACCCCAAAGAAAAGUGCACGGCGCUCCUCGCGACGAUGCGCGAGCGGUACCCGGACUCACGGCUGUGGCGGCUGGAGGAGGCGCGGGUGCUGGCCAACUCGCGGCGGCUGGACGAGGCGAUCGCGCGGCUCGAGGCCAACACGGACAGCAAGAUGCGGCAGAUCACGGCGCUCAACAACUUCGAGCUGAGCAUGAGCUCCAUGUACGCGCUGGACUGGCCCGCCAUGCGCGACAAUUUCCUGCGCUGCGUCGAGCUCAACAGCUGGAGCCACGCGCUGUACUAUUUCAUUGCGGGCUGUGCUGAGAUUGAGAUGUACCGUGAUGCUUUCCACGCGGCUGCGGCGUUGGGUGAUCAUGACAAGGAGAAGGGCGUUCUCCUGACCGAGGCGCAGAAGCAUAAGAAGGCCGCCGAGGAAUACCUGCGCAAGGCGCCCACCGUGGCGGGCAAGAAGCGGUUCAUGGCGCGGCAGCUGCCGUUCGAGGUGUUUGUGAGCCGCAAACUGCAGAAGUGGGAGGAGCGCGCGAAGGCAGUCGGGGUGGAUCUUGCCGAUGCUGUGGCCGUCAGUCCAGCGGUGGAGAUGAUUUAUCUCUGGAACGGCAGCAAGCGGAUGGGGACCAAGUACCUGGAAAAGGCGUGGACCCUCUUGGUGUGGGAGCGGUGCACAGCGCCGGCUGAGAAGCUUGCCAAAAUCAUGGAGGAGAAGGACGAGGUUGCCAUUGCGCUGCUGACGGAGUCGGCGCUGUUGCGGCAGUUGGGCAGGGGUGCCGAGGCGAAAGCCUUGGUCGAGCCUCUGCUGGCGAUGGACAGAACCGUCUUCAAAGGUCCCACGAGGGAUGAUUACUGCCGGGCUGCCGCCGACUACGAAAUGGCCGCGGUGGCAUGGAUGGAGGUGUGGGACCUCAAUUCAUGGCCCAAGGGCACCGCAGAAGAGGUCCAGGCGUUCCAACGCCAGAAAGUGGAUGAGUGCCGGGAGUACCUGGAUAAGGUUUCCAAAUCGGAGGGGUUUGUACUGGAUGCCCGGUUCGGGAUGAGAGUCAAGGCCGGUAUGGAGACGGUCGAGUGGUUGCGGGCGAAGAAGGGGUGGGCGUAA